AUGAUUCCUCAAAUUAGCCAAGAUUUUUUCUAUCUACAAUCAAAGAUAUGUGGGAAACAGUUCAUAUGAAAUUCUCACAAAGAAAUAAUGAGGCACAUUUAUAUGAGCUUGAGACAAAAUUCAUGUCCACAAUUCAAGGAAAUAAAUCUGUGAUGGAAUAUAUAGGAGAAUUGAAAAAUUCAUGCAGGAAAUCGAUUAUUAUCUCAGCAUUGAUAAAGAAAAACCUGCAGAAAUUGUUGUCCUACGACAUUUUAUAGAACGAAGAAGAGUGUUUAAAUUUUUGGCCGGACUUAAUUCUAUUUUUGAUCAAGUCAAACAACAGAUUUUGAGUCGUGAAAGGAAAUGUGACUUGGAUGAAGCUAUUUCUAUCAUUUUAAAUGAGGAAACUCGUCAGAAAUUAAUGUUGUCAGUGCCUGAAGUUGACAAUACUACAUUUAUGAUUAAAUAGGGAGAAAUUAUGAAGAAAGCCCCAGAUCAAGCUAAAUAGCCCCACCAUGGCCAAGGAAGAAAUCAGAAGACUGAUUUUCAUGAUAAUCUGUGGUGUACAUAUUGUAGGAAAGCUCGUCACACUAGAGACAGAUGUUAUAAACUACAUGAUAAACCACAAAAUUUUGGCAUUGAAAAAUAUGGCAGUCAAUCACAUUUGGCAGCAGGAUUACCGACUAGUGAGUCUUCAGAUUCUCAAAUCAAUCAAUAUUCUUCUUCUCCUCAGAUUGAGGAUAUAGAGCGACUUUAAAUUGAGUUAAAAAAACUGAAGUCGACAGUGACACAGUUCUCAUUAAUUCAGCUUGGUAUGUUUCACCACUCUCUUGGAGUUAGAGUUUCUUCUAGAGAUAUUUUUAAUAAUUGGGUAGUGGACUCAAGAGCAACAGACCACAUGACCAACUCCCCCAGCCUUUUCACCAAAUACAACCCCUGUCCUAGUGACAGAAAAGUGACUAUUACAGACGGAUCUUUUCUAACCUUCGCAGGUAUAGGAGACAUUAGACUUGAACCUCUAGAGGUUCUUACUAAUAUUCUUCAUGUGCUCAAGUUAUUUACAAACCUCAUUUCAGUUAAAAAACUUGUUAGAGACUCACCUUAUCAUGUCUUUUUUGAUGAAGAUGUCUGCGUCAUGUUUGAUAAGGUACAUCAUCAGAGGAUUGGAGUUGCUAGAGAACGAGAAGGUCUUUAUCUUCUAGAAGGACUGAGCCAAACACAUCCUAGUGGAAGGGGGUCAAUCUCUAGAACCUCUAGAAGAUGUCCUUAAGAUAUGAUUACUUCACCAAUGGAUGGGUCAUCCAUCCUUUAGCACUUUGAAAAUAGUUUUUCCUACAUUAUUUCGAAAGGUGUCAUUGGACAGUCUUAAAUGUAUUGUGUGUGAACUUUCUAAACAUACAUGUACUUCAUUUCAAUCUCAAGGGGAAAGUAGUGAUGUUCUUUAAUUCCUAAUUCAUAGUGACAUUUGGGGACCAUGUCCCAUUAAUGUCAUUUGUGGUAAUAAAUGGUUAGCCACUUUCAUUGAUGAUUGUACAAGAUGUAUGUGGGUCUUCCUUCUCAAAUAAAAGUCUGAUGUGUGUGAUGUUCUGAAAUCUUUUUGUGCCAUGAUAAAAAAUCAGUUUGGCACUAGUAUUAAAAAAUUCAGAUCUGAUAAUGCUAAAGAGCAUUUUAGCCAAAAUCUGAAUUUAUACUUCCAAAUAGAGGGCAUCAUACAUGAAUCCUCUUGUGUCUAUACCCCACAGCAGAAUGGUUUAGCUUGAAGAAAAAAUUGUCAUCUUUUAGAAGUCACUUGUGUCUAUACCCCACAUCAAUCGAUUACCAUCUAGAACCUUACGCUUCCUCAGCCCGUUAGAUUCAUUAGCCAAGUUUUUCUCAGACCACAACUUAAAACUAGGCUAGAACCUAAGACAUUUAGUUGUCUCUCUUUUGUUCACGUUCAUAAUCAAACCAAAGGCAAACUAGAACUGAGAUCACUUAAAUGUGUAUUUCUUGGUUAUGCUACCAAUCAAAAGGGGUACAAAUGUUACCACCCUCCUUCUAGAAAAAAAAUUAUUUCACCGGAUAUUACAUUUCAUGAAUCUGAUUCUUAUUUUAAAGAAUCUCCAUCCAGUGAUCAACAUCUAUUUUCUACAGCUCGUAUGGAUCAACAUGUAAAUUCUUCACUCUCGUCUUCAGCUGGUAACCUAUUCAUUCCUAUUUCAGUCCCUAAAAUACUCAGUCCUAUAUUGAAUUCGCUUACUGAAGACCUAAGGUUGGCAAGGUUUAUUCCAGGCAACAGGAAAUUCAAGAUUCACCAAAAAUCCAAGAUUUUGAUCUGACCUUAGAAAAUAUACAGCCAUUAAUAUCUCCUUCAUCUGAUGAUCCUGCAGUCCUACCUCAUGAUUCACUUCCCAUUGCCCUGUGCAAACCUAUAAGGGAGUGUACAAAAACACCCUUGUACCUAGCUGCCAAUUUUAUGUCUUAUCACAGACUUUCCUCACCCUAUCAAUCAUUCCUUGCAUCCAUAGACACCACUACUAUUCCAAAAAAUCUCUCGGAGGCUCUAUCCAAUCCUAAGUGGAAACAAGCCAUGGAUGAUGAGAUGAUAGCUCUUGCAAAAAAUCAGACAUGGGAUCCAGAGGAAUUACCACGAGAGAAGAAGAUUGUUGGUUGCAACUGGGUGUACACAAUGAAAUAUCAAUCAGCUGGUUCGAUUGAGAGGUAUAAAGCCUGACUGGUGGCUAAGGGUUAUCCACAAGAUAUGGCAUAGAUUAUCAAGAGACUUUUGUACCAGUGGCCAAAAUGAAUACAGUUCGUUUUUUACUGUCCUUAGCAGUAAUUUUCAGCUGGAAUAUUCACAAUUUGAUGUUAAAAAUGCCUUCUUGUAUGAUGAUUUGGUUGAAGAAGUCUACAUGAGUCUUCCACCAGGAUAUGAGGGUAAUCAUUCAUCUAAUCUUGUUUGCAAGUUACAGAAAUCCCUUUAUGGCCUCAAACAGUCUCCACGUGUAUGAUUUGGAAGAUUUACAGUAGCCAUGAAGAAAUGAAUUACAACCAAAGUAAUGCUGAUCACACAUUAUUUUUAAAACACUUUUCUUCAAGGGGAGUUACAGUUCUAUUAGUUUAUGUUGAUAUCUUCACAGGAAAUGAUGAAGGGGAGAUCCAAAACUUGAGCAAUUGUUUGGCCCAAGAGGUUGCUGUCAAGACUUUGGGACGACUCAAGUAUUUUUUUAGGAAUCGAAGUGGCACGUUCUUCUAAAGGCAUUUUUAUUUCUCAACGAAAGUACAUAAUAGAUCUGUUAGCUGAAACAGGAAAAUUUGCAUGUAAACCAACCAAUAUACCUAUUGAUCCAAAUCAGAAAUUGUGUAUGACAGAUGAGGAAAUUUCUAUUGACCGUGAGAUAUAUCAACGUCCCAUUGGCCGACUACUUUAUCUAACACACUCGACCGGAUAUCUCAUAUGUAGUGAGUAUAUCGAAUUUAUGCAUCAACCUAAAGAGUGUAAUUUACAUCCUGCCUACCGAGUGCUACAUUAUUUCAAAGGCACAGUAGGAAAAGGGGUUCUUUAUAGACGAAGUGGAAAGGUAGAGGUUGAGAUGUUUACAGAUGCUGAUUAUGCAAGCUCAACAAUUGAUCGAAGGUCAACCUCCGGUCAUCUUACUUUUGUUGGUGGCAACCUUGUCACUUAGAGGAGUAAAAAACAAAAUGUAGUUGCUGAGGCUGAGCUUAGGGCACUUGCCCAAGGAAUAUGUGAGUUACUUUGGGUCAAGAACUCACUUAACGAGUUACAAGUUCCUUUAUUCAGUCCUAUGAAGAUUUAUUGCGACAAUAAGUCAGCAAUCAAUCUAGUGCACAACCCAGUACAGCAUGACCGUACCAAACAUGUGGAGAUUGAUCGCCAUUUCAUCAAAGAGAAACUUGAGGCCAAUAUGAUUUGUAUAUCAUACAUUUCAACAAAUAAUCAGUUGGCAGACAUGCUUACUAAAGGCAUCUCAGGGACACAACUAUAG